GCCAACUAGCUAAGACUGGCAAUUCGGCCUCUGCAGACGAUCUAGGCUCUGCCAGGCGUGCUAAUAAACCGACGAUCCCCAUUGCGGGUAGUCAGCCGGCGAUCGUCGUCAUCACCAAUUUCUCCAGCUCCAACAAUCUUCUCUCCAACUACAGCACCUCCAGGCUUCCCCUCCUCUUCAAGCUAGAGGUGUGCUCAAUUACCGGACUCUGGAAUAGCGCUUUGGAGUGAUGAGUCACUUGACCCACCGCCGAUUCGUUAAUUGACCACAUACGACCGAAACGAACGCUCCGACACUCUUAUUACGGCCACCUCUCGAAAAGAACAGCUGGAGUCAACCCGGCCAGCAUGGCCGUCGCGCGCAAAAUGCGGCGUACGAGUCCAAUAACCAUAGUACUAGCCUCGCUAAUGGCGAUCGGCUUCCUUUGCUUCCUAUUCUCCUCUCCAUCCACACCUCCAGCGUCGACCUCUUCCACGACGACGAAUUCCCGACUCGAAGACACAGCAAAACACCCUCUCUCCCCUCCCACAAAACCCUUUAUCCCACAACCAGUCCACGGUGACGGCCGGCACGUCCAGGCGCCCCCCGUUAUAAAAUAUGACCUGAACGCUCUCACAACCAGCAGCGACUCAACCAGCCACUCCGAGCGCAUCCUCAUCCUCACUCCUCUCACUCGCUUCUAUCAGGGAUACUGGGACAACAUCGAGAAACUCAGCUACCCGCAUGAGAUCAUUAGCCUGGGCUUCAUAAUCCCACACACAAAAUACGGCGACGCCGCACUCUCAGCCCUCGAAAAAGCAAUCGCGAAGACACAGACAGGCCCUGAAGAGAACCGUUUCGCAUCUAUCACAAUCCUUCGCCAGGACUUCGAUCCACCACUGAUAACUCAGAACGAGAAGGAGCGCCAUAAACUCGAAAACCAGAAAGCCCGUCGUGAAUCUAUGUCCCGCGCACGCAAUAGCCUCCUCUUCACAACUCUGGGUCCUGCUACGUCCUGGGUCCUCUGGCUAGACUCGGACAUCGUCGAAACCCCAGAAACCCUAAUCCAAGACCUCACCUCGCAUAACCGCCCCGUAAUCGUCCCAAAUUGCUUCCAGCGAUACUACAAUACCGACACGAAAUCGUACGACGUCCGCCCCUACGACUUCAACUCCUGGAUUGAUUCCUCUACUGCCCAAGCGCUGGGUGAUACGCUAAAGCCUGAUGAAAUCCUGCUGGAAGGAUACGCGGAGCUCCCGACGUAUCGCACCCUCAUGGCCUAUCAAGCAGAUACUAAGAAUCCGCGCCCGAAGCGUGUCAUUGAUCUCGAUGGUGUGGGCGGCACGGCGCUUAUGGUUAAGGCGGAAGUGCAUCGUGAUGGCGCAAUGUUUCCUGCGUUCCCGUUUUAUCAUCUAGUUGAGACAGAGGGGUUUGCGAAGAUGGCGAAACGGCUGGGGUAUAGUGUGCAUGGGUUGCCGGAUUAUUUUGUAUACCACUAUAACGAGUGAUGUUUUGUCUUACUUUCUUUCUGGACUUGAGCCAAAGUGCUUUUUUAAUUUUUCGGCAACGUUCUGCAUCAUAUGUUGUGUUUGUACUUAUAGAAUCGGCUGGGAUGGAUGGGUUAGGCUGGGUUAGGUUAGGUUGCAUCAUGCAUUCGCACCCAGUGUGCAAGUUCUUCUUUUCUU